GCUGCGCCAGAAACCCCCUGUUCAAGCUACAGCAUUCCACAAGCAGAAUCAGUUGUGUCCGUUCUUCUACAUACGCCUUGACGCUUAUCUGAACACCCACCGCCUGAACCGCUCCAACCCCUUGCUUGAAUCCCAGGUUGUCAACAUCGCAGUGAAUAGGAAAAGGCCGCUCACGCAUUCAUUCAGCUUGUUCUACCCAUCAAACCUUCGACGUCUAAUAUCACACACAUAACCCCCCGCCGCUGUUCGAUAGAAACCCCCCUCCCCAUAGAAAAAUGUCAGAAACAGCAGCCCCACAGACAGCACAACAGGAGUCUUUCAAGCUUCCAAGACCAUUCUUCCUGAAGGAUGAAGACGUGUCAGGAUCCAAGUUUGAGCCGGUCGACACCUUCAAGGAGACCAAGAACAUCGCCAUCUACUCUGCCAUCUUCCUCGGAGGUAUGCAUGUCAGAAGAUUGCUCCAACACAGAAUGGGUUCAGCAAGACCUGGUCAAGAACGUUAUCUCAAGCUAUUCGAACUCAGUCCAAGACAUUUCGUAUCGGUUCCAUUUGCCCUUGGCACCUACAGCUUCAUCUCCAAUUCCCUGUACAACCUAGACGAAAAGAGAACAACGUUCAACGAAGUGCUUGCCGCCUCUUCGGGUGUCCUCGUUGCCACAAUCUUCAAACAAUCUCCAUUGAACCAGAAGGUAGGUUUAGCCCUCGGUAUGGGCGUCUUUGUGGGUCUAUUCAAGUGGGCUGGUGGAUUGGUCGACUCCUACGACUCUAACUACACAUACAUGUAUCAAACGGACAAAAUUCACAACCAAGAAUCAAAUAAAUCACUAGACGAAGAUUUCGCAAACGGUACCUACAAGAAGCAAGGCUUCUGGGAACUUUUGUACAGAAAGCCUCUCAGUGAAACCAUCGAAGAUCUCGGUGAAGGUAGAGGCAUUGGUAAGUUAUAAUCCUAAAUUGACUCCAUACCACUUACCAAUAUCCCUGUACUUCUUCAUAACCUCUCCUUCUAUAUAUUUAUUUAUUCAUUAUCUAUUUAUUCAUUUAUCUGCA